ACUCUGUUGGUUAUAACAAGACCGUUACCUUCCAUGUUUUUAAAUUUCAAAGCGUGCUUUUAAUUUGUUUAAAUAAAUUAAUUGAUUAAUUAUUAUUUUUUUUAUUUUGUAAGCAUGGAUGAGAAUAAAGGCGAUACGGACGAAGUCCCUAAGAGCGUCGUAGUCGGGAGUAUGGUUAAAAAUAGCCUGGAUGAAAUAAACGCCCUUCUUUACAUUCUUGAAAACCCUACGAGCGGUUUGGCUACGAAGAAGAAACUGCCUAAUCAUAUGAGAAGGAGGGCGAUGAGCCACAAUAUCAAAAGGAUACCAAAGAGGCUCAGGGAGACGUACCAAGCUCUGAGGGAGAAGAGCAACACGAGAGAAGGCAAAGGCAAAGUGCCUAGGGGCAAGUAUCGCAGGAGGCCAAAGGACCUCGUAAAGGAUUACAGUAGGAGGCAGAAUAGAAAUCUCUGGCUUGAAACGCACAUCUGGCACGCCAAGCGAUUUUUCAUGGCGACGAAAUGGGGCUACAAGGUGCCAUUGAGGCCUGCGGAUAAGAGCUACAGGGCUUGCUACCGUGCUGCCGCGAACCACUGCCUCAUCCAGGACAUAUCUUAUUAUAACUGUUUGGAAAUAUCUGGAAACUUGGAUGUCAUUAUGUCAGGGUUGAAGAGACAUGUCAAUAAAGAGGAGAGCGUCGAUUCGGCUUUUCUUUUGAACGGGAGUCGUGAAGGCUCAGUGUUCUUUUACAGGAGAGAUUCAUACCCGAGAGGCGCAAUCGGAGAAGUCAAGUUUUUCUGGAGACCUGGCGAUCCGAAGAAGAUCUGGCUUUGGGUCCACCCGAGCUUUUUUGAUGAACUGAUUGACGAAUUCGUCGGAACAUUUUGCCUGAGCCAAAUCGACUUGAUCGAUAAACAAUCGGAUAAACUGCCUAGAAGGAUUCUCAGAAUUUAUUCGGGCGAUGUCCAAAUGAAAAAUAUAAUUCUUAACAGGUUCAGGCUUCUCGGGCCUAUGUCGCAAGCGAUUGUCUCAAAAGCACUGAUACCUUUGCAAUGUGAAAAUCGCAUCAUCGAAGACUGGGUCAGCGAAUUUUACAACCAAGAUAAUAAAAAUUCUUUAAAAGAACAAGAACAAUACUGGGACAAAAUGAAGCUCUUCACAAGCCCAGCGCAGUUGACACCGAGGAUCAUCGUCCCAAUAACAAUCUACGACACACGAAUCACAUUGCCUGAAUUUAGAACAAAAGCCAAAAAUGAAAGUAUAUCUACAGAGGAGGUAAAAUUAGAAGACUUAACUAGCCCAAUAUGGGAUGACGUCUUGAGGGAGAGGAUUACAGAGGAGAGACUUACUCCGAAGAAAAUUGACGAAAUUCGUUCUCAAAAGUUGGUACCUGGAGUCAACUUUGAAACUGGGAAAAAAAUAAACGUGAACGUGAACAGUCCUGCGUUUCCUGUUUUAGCGAUACAGAGCCCUGGGAGCCAGUCAAGUGAAAAAAGAUUAGGUUUUGGGUGUGGCUGGGACUUGAUCUGCCCUGCUGGAUACGGGAUGGCGGUAUGGCUCAGCCUGAUAUUGAACGGAGGGAGAGCCGGAGGACUCAGGGAGGCCGAAUCCCACCUUAGGGAAGCAGCGUCGUUGGGCAUCCCGCCAGAUACGCUCUCCGGUCAAUGGGAAGACAAACAGAAAAAGGAUGAAGCCAAAGCAAGACAUUUUCGGAUUCCGCCAGCGAAAAGGCCGAAUUAUGUCAAACUCGGAGUGCCGAGUCCAUUUCACGCUCCUUGGCAUCUUCUCGUUCGAGAGUGGUCGUCCACCGAAGAUUUCUAUAUCUUAAGAGACAAUCGGAUUUUAAGGGAACUAAGACAAAAUUUAAAAACGGGUGUUUUACCUGAUGUCCAGCCAGGCACGUUGAUCGGCGUCCAUUUGGUAUUCGAAGGCAAAGGGCUUCUAAGCGAUAACGCCCACAUCUGCAUACCAAAAGACGAUGACUACGUACCGCCUGUCGAACCGGGUCAUGAAGACACGAACAAGACACCGAGAAAGGAAUGCACCUUAGAGCACAAAUCCGUUUUAAAAAGGCUAGCAAGGAAGAGAAAAAAUAUCAAACAAAACGAAGAACAGAACGAUGCUUAUUCAUCGGCAAAGAUCAUCGAAGAGCAGAAAGAAAGAAUUCAGUCUCUAUGGCUUCCGGACUGCUCCCGAGUCAGAGAUCACUGCUCUCGGCCAAUCUUCGGCUUUGUAGUGAACGGCGACUUUUCGUUCACCGAGGCCAAGAGCUCGGGCCUCGGCUAUGUGACAUAUGAAGGGUUGAAAGAGCUAGGUAAAAAUAAAAUCAAAAACAGGGUUUUAGUAAGAACUACAAAUACGCUUCAAUACAGGUUCGCUUAUUUAGAAAUUGUCAUAAAGUAGCCUGCCUUUUUUUUUUUAUAUACAAAAUGUGAUAUUUUAAUUGUAAAUAUUCACCUUUUAUAAAUUAUAUUACUUUCUUAAUUAAAUAUAAAUUUUAUUACUCACGCUUUCUAAUUCUAUUUAUUUUUUUAAUAUGACUGUUUAACAUUUGCAUUGUCAUUUGUUUUUAAGUCAUUUUUAAGACUAUGCACUGUGACCAAUAUUGGUCUAAUGUGCAAUUUCGUUUGUUAUCCAUCACGUCGGACUUUCAACAAGGGAAAAAGGAAUAUUUGUGUGGAUUUGACAAGACAGGAGUUAAACAAUUUCAUCGAAUUUCAAAAAAAUGUUUUAAUUAAUUUCAUAUAAUUUUUUAAGGUACAUAAAAAUAAAAAGGGGGAAAAACAAAUCAACUUUUUCCACAAGUUCCAAAAAAAAUCCAUUUUUUUACAGUCUCAAGACGAAAAAUGGGUUCUUUCGCAAGACGUGUCUCACGGAAAAAUAAAGAAAAACAGUUCAACGUGAAAAAACAUGAAAUAUAAAGUACUUUUUUUUGAGAUUAUACUUAUUAAACAUUAUUUAUUUAUUAUUAUUACGAGUAAUGUAUUAAUAAUACUGUUAUACAUACAAGAAAUGCACUUGAAUUAAGACUCAGAAGAGCUCUUUUCUCUUCGUAACAGCAAAUGCGAUUUAUUUACGUUUUUUCUUCAUAUUUGAAACCUUUUAUCACAUUUAUCAACAACACGCUUAUAUUAUUAUUUGGUCUCUUCUAAAAUAUUCCACAAUUAAAAAAAAAUAGUACCCUUAUUAACAAAACAAAGGAAAAAAGAACAAGAAAAAAUCACAUCCAUCCACAUUCACAAGGGUCGUACAAAUUAUUUUUAAACUACUUUCAUGUAUUCCAUUUUUUUGUCAUGGUAAAAAAAAAAACUUAAAAAAAGUGGAAAAUAAAAAUCAAAAUACACACAUUUUUCGACAUCACCCAUAAUUUAAAAAAAAAAACUCAAGUUUUAAGUCUUUACAACAGGAAACCUACUUUCGUUUUUCUUUUACUAGUUAACAAAAAGAAAAACUUAAAACCAUUAAAAAAUAUAAAAUGUCUUAACAUUUUGAGAGGUAAUAAAUACUUUAAAUUACACUUUUACAAUAUUUUGUUUUUAAAAAGAGAUAUUUUUCUUUUUAUUCAAAUUAUACUUUUUAGCUAUCUUUUUACACUUGUAUGUUAUUACGCCCAACGAGAAAGGUUGGUUUUUUUUUGCUGUGUCUGCAUUAUUUCAUUAAAUUCGAUAGUAAAACAAAACAAAAAAACAACAAAUACGUUAUUUCUUACCCUAAAAGGACAAAAUCUCAGGGCGCCGCAGAGAGUGCGGAUCUGCAAAUUUACGGUAUUAAAAAAAAAAAAAGUUAAAGAAAAAAAAA